GUUUAUCAAAAACGUCUUUUUUUUAUCAUAUGAACUUAUAAGCUAUAAGCUUAAUAUACCUUACCAAAGUUAUUAGCUAUAAAUCCAUCCGCUAUCACUCCAGCUAAUAUAAAAGAAAAUCAUGCUACAUAUUUAAUUAUUUUUGUGAAAUAAAUUAAAUUAGUGACUAGAAUGAAACACUUUAAGUGGAGAGUUGAGAUCCCUACAAAUGAAGUUAUACCGACAGUUAUAAGAUGUUUGAUAGCAGUGACUAAUCUAUGAGCGUGAGUGUGAUAAACGUAUUAUAGAAGAAUAUAAGUUAAUAUUUAAUUGUUUGUUUGUUUGUUUGUGUGGCUUUGGAUUCUUGUGGCAGGCAAUUCGUGCUGGUCAGCUUAAUUUAUUUAUUUAUUAGUAUUUGGAAAAGCACUUGCACUGCUACUGUUGUGCAUAAGGAAGAAGAAGAAUAUACUUUUGCCUUUCUGUUGGGAUAUGGUGGAUGUUGGAGGAGGAGGAGGAGGAGUAAGGUUGUUGAUGCUUAUGCUGUUCUUCAGCUGCUGCAUUAUUGCUGUCACUGCCACUACAGAUCCAACUGAUGUUACUUCUGUAAAGGCUAUAUUUCAAAGCUUGAAUUCACCUCCCCAACUAGGUUGGCCUGCUAACGGCGAUGAUGAUGAUGAUCCGUGUGGUCAGUCUUGGAAAGGCAUUACUUGUUCAGCCAACCGCGUUACACAGAUUCAGUUAUCCAAUCUUGCUCUAACUGGAACAUUGGCUUACGGAUUACAAGGCUUAACAUCUCUGACCACUCUAGAUAUGAGUAACAACAAUCUUGUCGGAACUAUACCAUACCAACUUCCUCCAAAUGUGCAGCGCUUAAAUUUUGCUUAUAAUAACUUGACUGGGACAGUCCCUUACUCUAUUUCUAACCUGACCUCUCUUACAGACCUGAAUCUCAAUCACAAUCAGCUCCAGCAAGCACUGAAUGUCAACUUUCAAAAUCUUACUACCCUCUCCAAAUUAGACCUGUCUUCCAACUCUUUGACAGGUGACCUCCCUCAGACUAUGAGCUCACUUUCAGGCAUAACCACCAUGUAUCUGCAAAACAACCAGUUUACAGGCACUGUUGAUAUUCUUGCUAAUCUGCCUCUGAAUAGUCUGAAUGUAGAAAACAAUAAUUUCACAGGAUGGAUACCGGAGCGGUUGAAAAACAUAGACCUUCAGAUGGGUGGUAAUGCGUGGAGCUCAGGACCUGCACCACCACCUCCUCCUGGGACGCCUCCAGUACUUAAAAGCAACCAACACCACAAACCCGGUGGUGGAAGAAGUACCACUGGCCAACAUCCCAGCAGCGACACAAUCAAUGAGGGCAAAAAAUCUGGAAUUGGAGGUGGUGGAAUAGCUGGAAUUGUGAUCUCCAUCAUUGUUGUUGGGGCAAUAGUAGCAUUCUUUCUGGUGAAGAGAAAAUCCAAGAAGUCAUAUUCCGAUUUAGAAAAGUUGGGCAAUCAGUCUACUGCUCCUCUUCCUUCAAAUGAAGUGCAUGAAAUUACGUCUGUGCAGACUUCUUCCAUGCUUGACUUGAAGAAGUUGGAUACUUCUGACUCAAUAAAUAUCAAGCCCCCGCCUAUUGAUCGUCAUAAGUCAUUUGAGGACAACGAAUUCUCAAACAAGCCCACUAUAGACAAGAAGAUUGUAACAGCUCCUGUAGAUAUCCAAUCAUAUUCUAUAGCCGAUCUUCAGAUUACUACUGGCAGCUUCAAUGUGGAUCAUCUUGUUGAUGAGGGGUCUUUUGGGCGUGUGUAUCGUGCUCAAUUUGAUGAUGGAAAGGUUCUUGCAGUGAAGAAAAUAGAUUCAUCUGUCCUUCCCAAUGAUUCUUCUGAAGAUUUUAUAGAAAUAGUGUCAAACAUCUCCUAUUUACAUCAUCCAAACGUAACAGAGCUUGUAGGUUAUUGCUCAGAGCAUGGACAACACCUCUUAGUUUACGAGUUUCAUAAAAAUGGAUCACUGCAUGACUUCCUUCACGUGUCAGAUGAAUACAGUAAACCAUUGAUAUGGAAUUCCCGUGUCAAGAUAGCUUUGGGGACUGCACGCGCUUUAGAGUACCUGCAUGAAGUUUGUUCUCCAUCAGUUGUGCAUAAGAAUAUUAAGUCAGCCAAUAUAUUACUUGAUGCAGAGCUUAAUCCUUAUCUUUCAGACUGUGGAUUGGCAAACUAUAUUCCAAAUGCAGAGCAGAUAUUAAACCAUAAUGUUGGAUCUGGAUAUGAUGCACCUGAAGUUGCGUUGUCUGGUCAGUAUACCUUUCAAAGUGAUGUCUACAGCUUUGGGGUUGUCAUGUUGGAGCUUCUAAGUGGACGGAAACCAUUUGAUAGCUCAAGGGCAAGACCGGAGCAGUCUUUGGUUCGAUGGGCAACACCCCAGCUUCAUGACAUUGAUGCAUUGGCUAAGAUGGUUGAUCCUAAGUUGAAAGGGCUAUAUCCUGUUAAAUCUCUAUCACGUUUUGCUGAUGUUAUUGCUCUUUGCGUUCAGCCGGAGCCUGAAUUCAGACCACCAAUGUCAGAGGUGGUUCAAGCGCUGGUACGAUUAGUGCAGCGAGCUAACAUGAGCAGGCGGACGUUCACAUUUGGAAGUGAUCAUGGAGGAUCCCUACGAGGAAGUGAUGAGCCAGCUAUACGUGACAUCUAAUCUAUUCUAAAUCCGAACAUAAUCCUUCUAUUGUGUUACUACAAUGUUCCCAAAGCUAAUAUUGUACUAAAAAAUUUCUGGUUUUUUUAAACCCUCAAUCUAUAGGCCUUUCUAAGUUAGAUUGAGUGGAGUUGGUGGGGACUGGGGAAUAUGGAUUUAGGAGGAAAUGUAUUUGGGGUGAAAUCCAUCUCCUGCUGCUGCGGGAUUGCACCAAAAUUAACCAAGUUAGACAACGGGUAUUGAAUGAUAUUUUAGUCACUAUUAUUUUUGGAAUUUUGUGAUAUAGAGACAAUUAGUUAACUGGUUGCAA